CCGCCCCCACAGUCCUGGCACGAUACUGCCGCGGGUCUCGACACCUGGGCUGUAGAGUACGACGACGUGCUAAGGAACAUACCCGAAACAGUGCGCAAGGGUAAGGAGGCGCGCAUCUCUCCGUACAGGCCUCAACGCUGGCGAGGGUUCAAGCGCUCGCCAAUUCAAACACGGUCUCGGUGCAAGCAAUUCGACGGCAACCCAAAGCAGCGGGAUGGUAGCGGUGACGAUGAAGAAGGAACUCCUCCCUCACCAACGCCGACACGACUGAUCCUCAGUGGCGAAAAGGCUCUUGCGAAGUCGAGUGCGGGCUCGACCGGUAGACAGGCACAGGAGCACCGACAUCAUAGCCAAGGGAAGCAGAUGAACAUAAAGGAUCGUCAGUUCUGUACGCCACAAUGUCUGCUCGGAUUAGUGAACGGCUGGCCCCUGGAUGAACGCUGCCCGAAUUUCCGAGAUCACGGACAUCAGCACCUAAACCGACUGGAUUUCCUCCGACUCAUCCGCGUUCAACUAGCCGAAGACCGUGGUUGCGAUGCUGACGUCGUACCACUUCACCUGUCCGGCUCCAUUGGCACACUCUUUAAGGUCAGGAUGUCCUCCCAUGGCUACACUCUUGUCGCCAAAGGCGUUGAGACACUCGACCUGGCCCUCCUUCGCCGUGAGAAGAAGAUAAUCUACAUCAAUUAG